CCCGAGGAUUUCCACACGUGCGGUCAAGGUCGCUAGAGUACGGUAUUGUUGAUGGUAUUACUAUGCUAAAGAAAAGUGGAUACAUUCCGAAAAAGAUGAACAAUGUUUAGAUUUUAACCUAUUUGACAAUCUGUUCUUAACUCCGGACCAAGGUGGGCAGAUGGAUCCUUCCUUACCGGGAGUGGACAAAUUUCCCGGGGUCGUGGAACCGUACUUCAACCAUCGGAAAAAAAGGAUGUCAGUCGAUUGGAGUACAUGCACAACACUGGAUACCAACGAGGAUGAUUCAUUGAUGGAGUAUGAUCAUAGAAAACUCCCCGGAUCAAAGUCAAAAAGCACAAUGAUGGACUCUCAAACGGGAAAUGACAGACAAAACCACAGUGAGAUUGAGAAAAGGAGGAGGGACAAGAUGAAUGCUUACAUCACAGAGUUGUCCUCAAUGCUGCCAAUGUGUAACGCCAUGAACAGAAAAUUGGACAAGUUAACUGUGUUACGCAUGGCGGUACAGCAUCUCAAGUCCCUUAGAGAAGGUGCAGCUAUGUCAAUACCUGAAGCUAGACCGUCAUUCUUAUCUGACGAUGAUCUCAAACAUCUCAUUCUAGAGGCAGCGGAGGGCUUCCUGUUUGUUGUGAGCUGCGACCGAGCCAGAAUUCUCUACGUGUCGGAGUCUGUCCGUAAUAUUCUCAACUACACAAGGCUGGAUCUGAUUGGUCAGAGCCUCUUGGAUUACCUUCACCCACAUGACAUUAACAAGGUCAAAGAGCAGUUGUCAGCAUCAGAUGUCUACCCCAGGGAACGAUUAAUAGAUGCCAGAACCAUGAUGCCUGUGAAGACGGAACUAAUCCGACGACCCACCUACCUCUGUUCUGGGGCUCGACGGUCGUUCUUCUGUCGGAUGAAAUCUGGAAGCUCUGUGUCAGAUCUGUGUUCAGGACUCAAAUCCGAGAAAGACAUAGAUCUGGAGCUCUGUAGUCGGAAGAAAAAAUCAGAUAGGAAGUCUUUCACUGUGAUACACUGUACGGGUUACCUCAAAUCCUGGCCCUCAUCAAGUCUGGACAUGAAGGAGCAGGAGGAUUCUGAAGAUAACUGUGAUUUAAGUUGUUUAGUGGCCGUGGGACAAAUCAAAUCAACCUGUGAUCGUAAAACUGUGGACAGAGACAGUGAUAUAAAUGUCCGAUCUAUAGAAUAUGUGUCUCGAAUGAGCAUCGACGGAAAGUUUACCUUUGUUGAUCAGGGAGCCACGAUUCUGUUAGGAUAUCUACCUCAAGAGUUAUUAGGAACCUCAGUUUAUGAGUUCUACCAUCAAGAUGAUAUUUCUGUAAUGUCUGAUAUACAUCGAAAAGUUUUAAAGUCAAAAGAGAAAGUGAAAUCAAAUGUGUACAGAUUCAAAAUUAAAGAUGGUUCAUUUGUUCACUUGCGAUCAGAGUGCUUCAGCUUUCGGAAUCCAUGGACAAAGGAAGUGGAAUAUAUUGUGUCAACGAAUACUUUUGUACCGGAACAGGAGGUCACGAGCUCAGGUCAGAGUAUGGAUGCAGGGUCAGAGGUCAUGGAGGGCAACUGUAACUGGGAGUAUAAAGAAGACCAGCAGGCAGCAAUGGCUGACAAGCGGAAAACCGGGACAUCAGCUGUUGCCACGGGAACCAAACUGGGUGCUGGGAGGAUAGGUCGACAAAUUGCGGAAGAGAUGAUAGAAAUGCAAAGGGGUUUUAAUACCACGCUGGCAGACAGUACUAACUCCGUACCUGUGGGGAGCACGGCCACCAUACCUGGAAGACAUUUUGGUUUGUCUAAUGGUCUAGCUGUCAAAGUCCCAGUUCCUUGUACGGAUCCUCCAGCUGCCACGGCAACAGAGGUGGUUGUCCCUAGUGACGUCGCGGCAACCUUGGCGAAUCAGGUGGCCGCCACGCGGAAAAAUGGUCUGACAGUCCCCACUCAAUCACCUACCACAGCGGGAGCGGUGGCGAGUACGUCAGCGGAGACGAAUCUGAUCGAGGGCGUGAUUGCGGAGCAGGAGUCGACAGAGAAUGACGCAGGCCAGAGCAGUGAACAAGGAAAUGACGAGGCAGCCAUGUCAAUCAUCAUGAGUCUGUUAGAGGCAGAUGCUGGCUUAGGAGGACCCAUCGACUUCAAUGAUCUCCCUUGGCCACUAUAGCUGUGAAAUAUGGACACGAGUUACUUCCCCUUGACAAGUGAAGUUCACAUGAUCUUUUUAAGCUCUGUAGAACAGAGAUAAAAAGAAGUGUUAACCCAGAAACAAGGGUCAUGAAUGGACAGG